AGAUGGGAGCUCACAAACCAUUGUCUAUUCAAUAAUGGGUUAAGGAGUGAGGGGCGAGAGGAGAUGAGAGAGAGAGAGAGAGAGUCUCAUGGAGGGGGGUAAAGCAGGGAAGGGUGGGUCCAAGUCCAACCGUGUGGCUCAGCGCCGAAGCGACUGGCCUUGUGGGUCCUUUCUCCUUUAAUCCUUAUACACACCUGAUGCAGUCAACACUCAACAUUGAAACAAAUCCAACAAUUACUUCCAUUACCCUUAGCCCAUAGCCAUAGCCAUUUUUAGGCGAUUGAUUGCUUCAAAACCCAACUGCGAAAAUGGAACUUUGGGGUUGUGUCAGCGGACAGAGGGGGAAAAACCCAGUUACUCUUUAACUCCACGCUAAACUGUUCGAUGAAAUGCCUCUUUAUAAAUUCUGGUCUUCAAUCCACCUUCUUAUCACAUUUGGAGUCUUUGUAGACAACCAUGGGCGAGUUCAAGCACCUUGUUGUUGCCAAGUUUAAGGAAGGUGUCAAUGUGGAUGAAAUUGUUGAGCAAGUGGAGAAGAUGGUUUCUGAUAUUGACUCUGUCAAGUUCUUUGAGUGGGGACAUGAUGUGGAAGGCCAAGACAUGCUGACACAAGGCUUCACACACGUCUUCUCAAUGACAUUUGAUGACAAAGAAGCCAUCACUUCAUUUCUUACCCAUCCUAAACACCUUGAGUUCUGCCCCACCUUCAGUGCAGCCAUUGACCAGAUUGUAGUCCUUGAUUUUCCAUCUAUUCUCGUCAAAGUAGCUGCACCACCUCCAUCACCACCGUCACCGCCAGCAUCGGAAGCAACACCAGAGGCUGCUCUGCCACCAGUGUUGACAUCUACACCUCUACCAACACCUGCCACUGCCACAGCCCCAACACCGGCAUCUGCUUCAGCAUGAUAUAGGAGGCUUCAAGGACAAUGUGGCAUUGUCCAACGUUAAAAGAAUAGUACUCUCUAAUCUUUAUUUGCAGUAUGUACUCUUCUGUUUGCUUUUAUAAUCAUGGAAAGUGAAGUCUUUUCUUAAUGGGAAGAAAGUGGUUGAUGAUC